AUGUUCGCAGAUGCAGGAGUUCUGCCAGCCACUGGACCUUCCCGGUCAGAGCAGCCGGAAGCGUGUACAGGCGUGCCAAAAAGCUGGCAAGGCCCUCUCGCUCUGGAGUUCUCCUCGGGAAAGCGACGAGCUGUAUUGUCGUUGCUGGUCCGCCACCUUCGAUGCCGCACUCUCCUUGUUGGAAUGGGCAAUGCUCUCUUGGAUCGUUUGUUUGCUGGGGGUGCUCCUGGCCGUCUACAUGUCGAUCCGGCCCAAACUGCUGAGCCAGGGCCCGGCAGCACACAAAGAGGUCUUGGGCUGUGUUGGUCUCAGCGUGGUGGCCAUCAUCUGGAAGGUUGUCGGUGGCGUGGAGGAGUCUCGACUUCUAGGAGCGGUGGCCUCGUGAAAUCCAGAGCUCCGUCCCCUGCAUACAGACAGGAUCGAUGGUGUCGUGCAAGCGAAGCCGUGGUCCGCGAACAGUCUCUCUCGUUUCACGCAGUUGUCCCGGCUCCUGGUGGGCUUGCAAGCUUCCUUCGUGAGAAGAUAAAGCUGCGGAGAUGA